AUGGAAGACCAGGCCGCUUUCACGUUUGCAACCAACGUCAUUUGCAUCAUAGGGCUGAUUGUGGCCUAUUUUGGCGCCGAAACCGCCGCUCAGUUUCCGCUGGAGAACCUCCUUUAUCCCCAGCGCUUUUUCGCAGCCUACCGUCCGAGACGGGCCCUGGUCGUCGGUCUGCUGCUGCCCAUGGGAGGGCCGCUGUCCAAGGUUGCCCUUGAUGCUCUCGAUGGCAUGUUCACUCAGGGCCUGUUCGUCGGCCCCCUCGUCGGCCACAUGCUCGAUACCAUCUUCUUUUGUCGCUCCAACUGGACGUAUACCCUGCACGGUCACGGCCACGGCUAUGCUCCUCACUCCGAAUCGGUCCGGAACUGCAUCUGGGUACGCGCUCUCUGCCGUAUAUCUGUAUCCGUCCUUGGCGCCGGACGUGACCGCGUCACUACUGUGAAGACGGAGAAAGACACUGCUAUCACGCGACAAAACUCGCCCACUCGAUCUCAGACCUUUGUCACCCACCUGACCCUCGCACAUCCGUCACCUGGCCAUCGGAGCUUUCAAGACACGCCCCUCGUGAGCGAAGAUGCCGGCAGCCCAAGCCGUCACGUGUUCCUCGCUAUCGUUACCGCUGAAGCCACGGCCAUCCUCACCGCAGCCGGCAUAUGGAGCUUAUACCGCUCUGUCUGGGCUGCUCUCUGGCUCAUACCCCUUCUCCUACGUCUUGUCAGUGCAUUCUUCGCGCUCGACCGCGAACCGGCCCUGGACUUGUCGCUGUCGCUCGGCGAGACGCCCCGCAACUUUGAGAUCCACUGUCCCGAGUCAUUGGGCGGAUUUCUUCUCAUCACCGGCCCUCCCAGCCUCGUGCUGCAGUUUUUCCGCCACUACGGCCACCCGAUCCGCAACCGUUGCCGCGAGGUGGUCCAGUUUCUGACAGUCGCGGCCCUCGGUUGCUUCUUCCCUAUCAGCAUCUUCUGCUUCGUUGCCUGGAUGCCUGCACACAUCCAGUACGUCUGGCUCUGCUACCAGACCUACAUCGUUGCGGCCAUGUGUGUCGGUCGCUAUUCCUUGGCCCGAUUCAGCACUACGACAGAGUCUCGUAUCGGAGAGCUGCUGGCCCCUCGGCCGGACACGGCCCAGGAGCAGACAAUCCUGUUCGGACAAGCCAGGGACGGACUCGGCACGGUCAGAGCCAGUGCCGAGACCACGUACUUCCGCCGUUACGAAGAGGGCAGAAACUUUAUGCAACAGCUGCUCCAUCAGAGUGAGGCUAAGUAG